GUGUACCACCUGCUUCCACUGAUACAAGACUCGCUCCAUUUGACCUCACCCAGAGAAAGUGCCUCCAAAGGAGACGGCACACCGCAAGCUCUGCGGCUCCGUGCCGGGUCCUACUUCCUCCUCCACCUCGUGUUGUACCCGGACACAAUAAGAUGAGAACCGCUUCCGGUCGCAGAGCAUGGCGGCGCCCGUUGUAGGGGCCACACUUGGGGGCGGGGCCGUACGGCACUUCCGCCGAGAGCCCAGAUUUCGGGCCGGCUUGGGGCUCGCGGGUGCAGGCAUGGGGACUGCCGGCCUGGCGCGGCUGCACGGGCUCUUCGCGGUGUAUAAGCCCCCGGGGUUAAAAUGGGAGCACCUGCGGGAUACCGUGGAGCUGCAGCUGCUGAAAGGUCUCAAUGCUGGGAAGCCUCCCGCGCCUGAAAAGCGUGUUCGCUUCUUGCUGGGGCCUGUGGAAGGCCGUGAAGACAGGGAGCUGACCCUCACAGCCUCCAGCGUGCCCACCCUCACCACGCAUCCACUGGUGCGGGGACCAGCGUUUACCAGCCUGAAGAUUGGCGUGGGACACCGGCUGGAUGCCCGUGCUUCUGGGGUGCUUGUGCUCGGCGUCGGACAGGGACGCAGGCUGCUCACCGACAUGCACGACGCUCAUCUCACCAAGGAUUAUACCGUACGCGGCCUCCUGGGCAAAGCCACGGACGACUUCUGCGAGGAUGGGCGGUUAGUGGAGAAGACGACCUACGACCACGUGAGCAGGGAGAAGCUGGACCGGAUCCUGGCCGUGAUCCAAGGCUCCCAUCAGAAGGCCCUGGUGAUGUACUCCAGCCUGGACCUGCAGUCCCAGGAGGCCUACGAGAUGGCUGUGCAGGGCACGAUCCGGCCCAUGAGCAAGUCCCCAAUGCUGGUCACUGGCAUCCGGUGCCUGCACUUUGCACCCCCAGAAUUCCUCUUAGAGGUGCAGUGCGUGCACGAGACGCAGCAGCAGCUGCGGAGGCUGGUGCACGAGAUCGGCCUGGAGCUCAGGACCACUGCCGUCUGCUCGCAAGUGCGGCGCACGCGCGAUGGCCUCUUCACGCUGGACGAUGCCCUCCUCAGGUCCCAGUGGGACUUGCACAGCAUCCAGGACGCCGUCCAGGCCGCGGCCCCCCGCGUGGCGGCAGAGCUGGAGAAGAACUUGAGGGCAGGGCAGGGCAGCCAGCAGCUCCCCAGUCCAGGCCGUGCCUGGGACUCCGAGGGCCCCAGCUCCGCCGUGGGGCAGGAGAGCCGUGGGGGGCAUUAGGUGGGUAGAGGCUCAGUGUCCGCGAGGGGGAGCUGACAGCUGCCGGGGGGGAGCCUGGGGGGGCUUUUCCACGCGACACGAGGCGGAAGGUCCCAGCUCCGUGUGGAGGGACAGACGAGGAGUGAGUGACACGGCGACAAACGCCGGUACCCUUAGGAGGGGAGAGCUAGGGAGCGGGAGGAAGACUGGGAAAUGAUCUGAAGUGUGCGGGGUCGAAAGCACUCCAGCGGCCGGCGAGCCGGCAACGGCGCUCACCUCCCUCACGAUGAAAGGCGGGUGGAAGCGAGAUGACCCCACUCGGCGUUCAGAGUGGGAAAAGGAAGGAGAAGACGGCCCCAGGCGUGGGGGUGGGGUGGGGUGGAAAAGGGUGGCAGGAACUCUGUAUCGAGACUCAGAACCUAGAGUUCCUGCCGCAGGAUCCAGCAGGUUCCCUCCGGAUUCAGGGUCCAGCGUGGUUAUAGCAAGUUACAGGCUGCAGAUGUUCUUAGCUACACGGUAGUAGCAGAAAACGUAGGAGAUGUGGGGCUGGUGUGGCGCAGCUGGCGAAUGCUUGGGACACUGGCGUCCCCAAGUGGAGCAGCGGUUAGCUUCCUGAGUGUGCCGGGGAGGGCGGUGGAGGGUGGCCCCUGAGUACGGGCCUGUGACCAGAGCUGCAGCUUCUCGGAGGGGCAGCACUGGAGUGUCUCUCGGCCACACUUGUGCCCACAGUAACGGAGGCCACAGGCGCCACGGCUCUUUCGGCUCCCCGCAGAGCCCUCCAGGGCUGCCCGAGGCCCGGAGCAGCUGUGAGGCCUGGAAACGCAGCUUCCUGAGCCAUAAAAUGGGAAAAGUGGUUUCGCCCAUCUUGCGUGGGUACACGGGAAGUCAUGUGCGAGCUGUACCGGCACCUGCUCCAUCACAGGUGCUCUCUGAGCCUGGAGCUUCUUCCGGGUCUCCCACGCUGGUGCAGGGGCUUUCCCAGGCCUUGGCAGAGAGCUGGAUCGGAAGAGGACCAGCCAGGACUUGAACCGGUGCCUGCAUGGGAUGCCAGCACCACAGGCAGUGGCUUUACCCGCUGUGCCACAGCGCCAGCCCCUGUGGCCACCUCUUUCAAAGCAGUGGCCUACAAGCCAGGGUGGUCACUGGCAGUGAGGCCUGUGGUCCAACACCUCUUGUUUCUCCGGCAUAAAAGUGAGCCAGGAGCAAGCAGCCCUCAGGCAGGGAGCCAGGUGAAGCUCAGCAGCCAUGGCUACGCCGACAGUGUGCACCUGACGGCGUGUGAUGAAAUGGGCCCUUUGCCGCCGUGACCUCUGUCCCGAAAACCCAUCACCCCAGUCUCACCACGAAAAAAACGGCAGGGACUUCCCACACUGGGGCACCCUACAAAACACCUCAGCUGCACUCAGAACUGCCCAGGUCCUGAAAAGCAGGGAAAGCCUGAGACGGCGCCCCCGCCAGGCAGGGCGUGGAGAGAUGGGACGACCGUGUGGCCCGUGGUCUCCUGGACGACUUCCUGGAGCAGCAGCAGGACGUGGGAGACACUGAAUCUAAGUAAACUGUGGACUUUGGUUAAUAAAAACGUACAGUGAAUUCUAAGAGUUGUACUAACCCAAUAUGUUAAUAACAUCUGGGAGACAAUUCUCGGUACUACCCUUGUGUUUCUGUACACGGCUGUUCUUAGAAAAUACUCUUUCGAGGAGCUGGUGUUGCGGGUAAAGCCGCCGCCUGCGAUGCUGGCGUCCCAUAUGGGUGCCAGUUUGCAUCCCCGCCACUCCGCUUCUGAUCCAGCUCUCUGCUAAUGCUCCUGGGAAGGCAGUGGAGGAUGGCCCUAGUGCUCGGGCCCCUGCCACCCGGCCCGGAGGAAGUUCUUGGCUCUUGGCUUCAGCCUGGCCCAAAUUGGGCAGUUGUGGCCAUCUGGAGAGUGAACCAGUAGGUGGAAGGUCUCUGUUUCUCCCUCUAUAACUCUGACUUUCAAAUAAAUAAGUCUUUAAAAGAUUAAAAAUUCGGCCCCCGCCGCAGCUCACUAGGCUAAUCCUCUGCCUUGCGGCGCCGGCACACCAGGUUCUAGUCCUGGUCGGGGCACCGGAUUCUGUCCCGGUUGCCCCUCUUCCAGGCCAGCUCUCUGCUGUGUCCAGGGAGUGCAGUGGAGGAUGGCCCAGGUCCUUGGGCCCUGCACCCCAUGGGAGACCAGGAGAAGCACCUGGCUCCUGCCAUUGGAUCAGUGCGGUGCGGCGGCCAUUGGAGGGUGAACCAACAGCAAAAGGAAAACCUUUCUCUCACUGUCCAGUCUGUCAAAAAAAAAUCUAAUUAAAAAAGAUAAAAAAUUCUAUUGAUAGAGAAAAAGAUCACCUGACGAAACAACCUCCCAGAGGCAAAAUAGGGGCCGUCGUUGGGAGGAGCAUUGGUGGCUCCUGGGGAGCCCAUUUAAGGGCGGGUAGGGGCCAUUGUUCUGGCGCGGUGGAUUAAGCCACCGCUGUGUCACCAGCAUCCCCUGUCAGGGUGCCAAUUCAAGUUCUGGCUGCUCCAGUUCCUAUGCAGCUCCCUCCUAAUGCACCUGGGAAAGCAGCGGCAGAUGACCCAAAUACUUGGGCCCCGGCCACCCAUAUGGCUUCAGCGAGGUCCAGCCCUGCCGUGUGGACAUUGGGGGAGCCAGCACGUGGAAGGUAUCUCUGCCUUUCAAGCAAAUACAUAAUUGGUUUUUUUAAAAAAAAGAUUAUUUAUUUGAAAGAGCUGCAGAGAGGUAGAGACAGAGAGAGGUCUCCCAUUACUGGUUCACUCCCCAGAUGGCUGCAGCAGCUGGAGCUGCUGGGUCUCCCACGCGGGUGCAGGGCCCAAGGACGUGGGCAUCUUCCACUGCUCUCCCAGGCCACAGCAGAGAGCUGGAGCGGAAGAGGAGCAUCCAGGACUCAACUGCCGCCCAUAUGGGAUGUUGGCGCUUCGGGCCAGGGAUUUAACCCCCUGUGCUACAGCGCCGGCCCCCAUAAUUGUUUUUUUAAAAUGAGGAUAGCCAGCCCGAAAGGGUGGGCAGUGGGGGUGUCCUAGAGUGUCUUAAAGUUUGCAAAGGGGGCCAGCAUUGCGGUGGAGCAAGUUCAGCCUCUGCCUGCGAUGCUGGCAUCCAUCUGGGCGCUGGUUUGUGUGCUGGCUGCUCCAUUUCUUUUUUUUUCUCUUCCUUCCUCUUCCUCCCUCCCUCUUCCUUCCUCCCCCCCCCCCUUCCUUCCUUCCUUCCUUUGAAAGGCAGAGUUGGGAGAGGCAGAGAGAGAGGUCCUCCAUCCACUGGCUCACUCCCUAACUGGUCGCAAUGGUCAGAGCUGCGUUGAUCUGAAGGCAGGAGCCAGGAUCGUCCUCCAGGUCUCCCAAGUGGGUGCAGGGUCCCAACAACUCAGACAAUCUUCCACUGCUUUCCCAGGCCACAGCAGAGAGAGCUGGAUCCGAAGUGUAGCAGCCAGCACUUGAAACGGUGCCCAUAUGGGAUGCCGGCACUACAGGCGGUGGCCUUACCUGCCUUGCCACAGUGCCGCCUCCCUGCUCCAUGUCUUAACCAGCUCCCUGCUAGUGCGCCUGGGACAGCAGCAGCAGAUGGCCCACAUGCCUGGGCCCCUGCCACCCAUGAGGGAGACCUGGAUGAAACUGGCUCCUGGCUUCGGCCCGGCCUAGCUCAGGCCAUCGUUUCCAUUUGGGGAGUGAAUUGGCAGAAGGAAGAUCUCUGUAACUCUGCCUUUCAAACAAACAAAUCUUUAAAAAAAAUAGUUUACAGGAAGUGUUAUGAGAAAACUGGAUUUCAAAGCUUUUUGUGCCUUUUUUUUUUUUUUACUUAAGAUUUAUGUAUUUGUUUGGAAAAGAUCUAGAGCGAGAUGGCGAGUCAGAGCUUCCAUCCAGUGGUUCCCUCCCAACAUGGCCACGGUGGCCAGGGCUGGGCCAGGCUGAAGCCAGGAGCCAGGGACUUCAUCCAGGUCUCCCACAUGGAUGGCAGGGGCCCAGACACUUGGGCUAUCUUUGCUGCUCUUCCCAGGCCAUUAGCAGGGAGCUGGAUGGAAGUGGAGCAGCUGGGACACGAACCAGGGCCCACGGGGUGCCUGUGUUGGCGCUGCAGGCCAUAGCAUCACCCACUGUAGCACGUGCCAGCCCUGAACUUGUAUUUACUUGAGAAGCACAGAGAUAGAGCAUCUGUCUGCUGCUUCACUCCCAGAUACCCAUAAUAGCCUGGGCUGGGCCAGGCCCAGACCAUGAGCAAGAAACUGAAUCCAGGUCUCCCCCUUGGACGGCGGGACCAGACACUUGGGUCAUCAGCUGCUGCUAUGCAGGACGUGUGCAAGCAGGGAGCAGGCAUCCUAUAUGGGCGCCGGUUCCAGUCCCGGCUGCCCCACUUCCAAUCCAGCUCUCUGCUGUGGCCUGGGAAAGCAGCAGAGGAUGGCCCAAGUCCUUGGGCCCCUGCACCCACGUGGGAGACCCAGAUGGAGCUCCUGGUUUCAGAACGACCCAGCUCCAGCUGUUGCAGCACUUGGGGAGUGAACCAGUGCAUAGAAAACCUUUCUGUCCUCUCUCUGUAACUCUGCCUCUCAAAAUCUUUUUAAAAAACAAUUCCCUUAAGGAAUUUGGGGGAAGGGAAGGGGAGGGGCUGGCAUUGUGGUGCAGUGCACUGAGGAUCCCGUGUAGGCACAGGUUCAAGUCCCAGCAGCCCCUCUUCCAGUUCAGCUCCCUGCCCUUGCAGCUGGGAGAGCAGCAGAGGAUGGCCAAAGCCCUGGGGCCCCUGCACCCACGUGAGAGACUGGAUGGAGCUCCAGGCUCCUGGCUUCAGCUUGGCCCAGCCCCAGCCAUUUCGGCCAUUUGGGGAGUGAACCAGUGGAUGGGUGAUCUCUCUGUAUAUAUAACUCUGCCUUUCAAGUAAAUAAAUGUUUAAAAAAAAAAAAAAAACAACUUCAUGUGAGAGCGCUAGGGGCCAGUGGUGCUUCAGGCUGGGGGAGGGGCAGGGCAUCUGUGGACCCUGAGGGGGAUGGGUGGGGCCUCUCCCAGGCUUUCACCACCCUUGCCUUCCGAGGCCCAAAGAGGAAUGUGAACUUGAAUUGACUUUCCCUGCUCUCAUUCGAGAAUUUACAGUGGGUCUUGAUUAUAAAGCUACAAAAAGAACCCUCCGGGGUCUGCUGAGGGGUGGGCUUUGGCUCCGCUUCUGGGAGCCGGAGAACAGGCGUGAGCCUGAGUCAGGGCUCUGCCAGAAGCGGGAACAGUGCAGGGGGCAGGUGUGUGUAAAGAACUGGUUCAUCCGAUCGUGGCUCCUGGCGAGCCCAGAGCCUGCAGGCCGGGCUGGCAGGUGGAGCCGGGGAGGGAGCAUCCUGGGGCUGGGACCCAGGGUGGCUGGGAGGCGGAGCUCUGUCCUUGGGCGUUUUUGUCUUAAGGCCUUCAGCUGACGGCAGGAGGCCGCCCGAGGAUCAUCCGCUCUACUCAGAGCCUGCCCAGAUCUGCUUGUCAGUCAGCGGUGGGGCCUCGUCAUGCAAACCUUAAAUCCCUGGCACCUGGUCCAGGCCCCAGCAGUGCUCAGCAUAUAAACUUAAGAAGUGAGGCUGGCGGUGCCGGCACACCGGGUUCUAGUCCCGGUCGGGGCGCCGGAUUCUGUCCCGGUUGCCCCUCUUCCAGGCCAGCUCUCUGCAGUGGCCCGGGAGUGCAGUGGAGGAUGGCCUGGAUAAGUACCUGGCUCCUGCCAUCGGGUCAGCGCGGGGCGCCGGUCACAGCGUGCCAGCCGCGGCGGCCAUUGGAGGGUGAACCAACAGCAAAGGAAGACCUUUCUCUCUGUCUCUCUCUCUCACUGUCCACUCUGCCUGUCAAAAAAAAAAAAAAAAAAAAAAAAGUGAAUUAUCUGGCCUGGCGGUUGAAGGCACCACCUGUGACGCGGCAUCCCAUGCGGGCACCCGCUCAAGUCCCAGCUGUUCCACUUCCCAUCCAGCUCCCUGCUAAUGCAUCUGGGAAAGCAGCAGGUGGACCCAGUGCUUGGGCCCCUGCACCCUCGUGGGAGACCUGGAUGGAGUUUGCGGGUCGUGCAGCCAUUUGGGGAGUAAAUCAGCAGGUGAGGUGAAAGAUACCUACCUCUCUCUUUCUCUCUCUCUGUCACUCUGCCUUCCAAAUAUAUAAAUGUCUUAAAAAAGGGGGGCCAGCGGUGUGGCUCAGUUGGUUAAUCCUCUGCUGCUCUGCCUGCGGCGCUGGCAUCCCAUAUGGGCACCGGAUUCUGUCCCGGUUGCUCCUCUUCCAGUCCAGCUCUCUGCUGUGGCCCGGGAGGUCAGCGGAAUAUGGCCCAAGUGCUUGUGCCCUGCACCCGGCUCCUGGCUUCGGAUUGGCGCAGCACCGGCUGUAGCAGCCAUUUGGGGAGUGAACCAACGGAAGGAAGUCCUUUCUCUCUGUCUCUCUCACUGCCUAUAACUCUGCCUGUCCAAAAAAAAAAAAAAAAAAAAAUGUGUGUGUGUGUGUGUGUGUGUGGAGUGAACGAGGAACCGGGGCGUUAGGGUUUCAGUAGUGGAAUUCUGCACACAGUGUCACAGCUUGCUGCCUUCAUUUUGCACAGCAUGGCCGCUUCUCCACGGCUGUCCGUCGUGCCUGGACGCUCUUUGCUCCAGAUUGUCCGGGGCGGCAGGGAGCCAGGCCCUGGCCUCUUCCUGGACUGCCCUCGCCCGUGGAGCACACUGCUGCCCCGGGGACCGUGUUCUGCACAGGCCUGGGGUCCAGCCGUUUGUCCAGCAUCGCCCAACAGUUACUUGCCUAGCCCCGCCCCCGGCCAGGCAGCUUCCGAAAGUUCGUGAGAAACCUCUGCACGGACUUCCAUUUGGCUUUUCCGCACCAAAAUAAACUCAGCUUUUAAUCCCA